AUGCGCGUCAGCAGACGCGCGCGGCUCAUCGCGCAAAUCCCCUUGCGGCAUACCUCCUCCGCGCGAAAUUCCAGCGCCCCUUACGGCUUCCUCUCGCGAAGAUGCUAUGCUAUCGACGCCUCCUCGCAAGAACCAGAGCACAGAAGUAAUCCGCAAAGCCUCUCAAUCCCAUCCCAAGCGCGCUUCAACGACAUCGGCGUCCAGCAGCUCAGCAGCACCGUCCACCCUCAGGUGUUCCCCGGCACCGCAACGCAUCCUCCGCAAGAGCUUAUCGAGCUCUCCAAAGACCACCUCACGCGCCAUGACCUCCUCGGCAAGAACCAGGACUCCACGCCGCCGGUCGGCUUCGACAUACCAGGCCUGCAGGGCGCUUCGCUGGACGAGCACUUCUACCGGCUUGGGAUGGAUGCCGCUGAGCCAUGGCUAUCGCUAGCGAAGAAGUAUGCCCGUGCAAACGCUCCGCCGAAACCCCGAAAAUGGCUCCGUAGAAGUGGCUGGACAAAAUACAAUCGAGAUGGGACAUCGGAGGCUGUGGACGCGCCGAAUGAGUCUAUGCUUACAUUUGACACGGAAGUCAUGUGGAAGGAGACCUCAUUUGCCUGCAUGGCGUGCGCCGUCAGCCCUGAUGCGUGGUACGCGUGGAUAUCGCCUUGGUUGCUCGGGGAGUCGGAUUCGGAUCGCCACCUUAUACCGCUAGGGGACCCCGAUCAGGCCAAGAUCGUAAUCGGACACAACAUCGGAUAUGAUCGGGCACGAAUAGCGGAAGAGUACGAUAUCAAGCAGUCGAGCACAGGAUUUGUGGACACCAUGUCGUUGCAUGUGGCCGUAAAUGGCAUGUGUUCGAGACAGCGGCCUACGUGGGUCAAGCGCCGGAAAGAGCGUGAAUUGAGGGACCGAAUUGCGAGUUCUGAUGAAGGAGCUGAUUUAUCGGCUCUGCUGGAGUCCGGCAACUUAACGAGCGAAGAGGAGGAACUGUGGAUAGGUCGGAGCUCCGUCAACUCGUUACGGGACGUGGCGCACUUCCACUGCGGUAUCACAAUCGACAAAGCUCAAAGAGAAUACUUUGGAGAGCUUGAUCGAGCAGGCAUCAGGGGGAAACUGGAGGAGCUUCUGGACUACUGUGCAGCCGAUGUGGAGAUUACCCAUCGAGUGUACCAGAAGGUCUUUCCGUUGUUUGUUGAAACAUGCCCACACCCGGUCAGCUUCGCUGCGCUGCGACAUUUGUCCGCGGAGAUAUUACCGGUAAACAAGACGUGGGACGCCUACAUCGCCAACGCAGAGGCCACCUAUCACAAGCUUUCAGACGCCGUUCAAGCGCGCCUCGAGGCUCUCGCGGCGAAAGCGCUAGAAAUAAAAGACCAGCCGGAAAAGUACACCAACGAUCCUUGGCUGAGUCAGCUGGACUGGUCGGGCCAGGAGAUAAGGUAUCUCAAGCCGAAGAAGAAGGGAGAUCCUCCGAAGCCGGCAGCACGACAGAAGAAGCCAGGGAUGCCGAAUUGGUACAAAGGCCUGUUCGUAAAGAACGAUGGCCCAAUGAACCUGACGGUCCGGACUAGAAUAGCGCCUCUACUAUUGCGCCUGGCAUGGGAUAGCUAUCCUCUCGUCUGGUCAGACAAGCACGGAUGGACGUAUCAAGUACCCAUAGACCAGGCCUUUAUGUACAACGACAAGGGCAUGAGUGAGUGUGACAUGUCUGAGGAGGAGAACCCGACUCUUCAUGACGACACGCAACAUCAGUACUUCAAAGUCCCACACAAGGAUGGACCAAUGGCCCGAUGCGCUAACCCCUUGGCCAAGGGCUAUCUGCAGCACUUUGAGCAAGGCAGACUUUCGUCAGAAUACGCGUACGCGAAGGAAGCUCUUGAGAUGAAUGCAUCAUGCUCAUAUUGGAUUUCCGCUCGCGACCGCAUCAUGUCUCAGAUGGUUGUCUACGCCUCAGAAACCGCCUCUGCCACACCCUCGUCCUCAUCUGUCCCAGACAAGGACACCGGCUUCAUCCUUCCCCAGAUCAUCCCCAUGGGCACCAUAACCCGGCGCGCCGUCGAAAACACCUGGCUAACCGCCAGCAACGCCAAGCCCAACCGGGUCGGCUCCGAGCUCAAAUCCAUGAUCCAAGCGCCCCCCGGCUACUGCUUCGUCGGCGCAGACGUCGACUCGCAAGAACUCUGGAUCGCCUCCCUAGUCGGCGACGCACAGUUCCAACUACACGGCGGAAACGCAAUCGGCUUCAUGACGCUCGAAGGCACCAAAGCAGCCGGUACAGACAUGCACUCGCGCACGGCUCAGAUCCUGGGCAUAAGCCGCAACGACGCCAAAGUGUUCAACUACGGCCGCAUCUACGGCGCAGGCCUCAAGUUUGCCGCCACGCUGCUGCGGCAGUUCAACCCGAGCCUGACGGAGGCGCAGACAGCCGAGACAGCCGCGCAGCUGUACCAGGCGACGAAGGGCAAGAAGAGCACGCGCAAGGCGCUGCAUGACCGCCCCUUCUGGCGCGGGGGGACCGAGUCGCUGGUCUUCAACCGGCUGGAAGAUUUCGCGGAGCAAGAGCGCCCCCGGACGCCGGUGCUGGGCGCCGGAAUCACGGAGGCCCUGCUGCGCCGCUUCCUGAACAAGGGCGGCUUCAUUACGAGCCGCAUCAACUGGGCCAUCCAGUCCUCGGGCGUGGACUACCUGCACCUGCUCAUCGUGAGCAUGGACUACCUGGUCCGGCGGUACAACCUCUCCGCGCGGCUCGCGAUCACCGUCCACGACGAGAUACGGUAUCUGGUCAAGGAGGAGGACAAGUAUAGAGCCGCGAUGGCACUGCAGGUUGCGAAUCUGUGGACUCGCGCCAUGUUUAGUCAGCAGAUGGGGAUUCACGACCUCCCGCAGAGUUGUGCGUUUUUCAGCGCUGUAGAUGUUGAUCAUGUACUCAGGAAGGAGGUCGAUAUGGAUUGUGUUACGCCGAGCCACUCCACCCCGAUCCCGCCGGGGGAGAGUCUGGACAUUGUCCAGCUGCUCGACAAGGGUGCGGCGGCGUUGUUGGAUCCAAACAUACAGCCAAAUAGGGAGCCGGAGCUGGCGAAGUGGACGUAUGAGCCCAGGGUCCCGGUCAUGGCGGCCUUCAGCGCCAGGGACACGGAUCUCGGGUUUCUGAAAGCGCAGAUCACGGCUGAUGACGCCGAGUUGAGGGAUAUCAUCAGGAACGUUAGAUCCGGGCCGCAGCAGACUGGUGAACAGCAGCAAUCGGGACAGCACAGCCAGAAGCCGUUGAGGAGGAAGGGUGGCAAGGGGAAGGUGGAGAGGGAGGAGACCGAGCCGAGGAGACCGUUCCACUACCAGCAGGGCGUCAACUUGAUGCCUGUCGAUGAUGCGCCAUUUGACCGGCGCAAGUUCUUCGGAGAUUGGGAGAGGGCGAAGGGGGCGCUUGGGUGGCAGGCUGGGCAUGGGGUGAGGAGUAGACCGGUCAGUAGGGUCUAG